AAACAAUAGAUUCACUCAAAAAAACAAACAAACAAUAGAUAUCAACACAUAAUAAGAGGAAAAAUCCAAUAGUGAACUUUGUCAAACAAACAUUAGAGAAUAAGUGAGUACUAAGUGUAAAUCAUAUGUUUUAGACAAAUGAUUUUUUUUUCUUUAAAUAUUUGUUAACAACAUGCAUAAUGCAAAUACUCAAUUCAUAAAUAAUGAUGAUAAUAACUUGUACUACUUGAUUUUAUGUGGGAAAUUAAAAGACAUUCUAAAUGCAGAGGCGUGGCUGCUCUGUUACCUAAGCUUCCAAAGCUUCUGUCUGGUCCAAAGUACGACGGAAAGUAUCUACGAAAUCUACUAAGCAAUCUUCUCGGAGAGACAAAACUUCACCAGACAAUCACAAACGUUGUCAUACCUACCUUCGACAUGAAGAAACUCCAACCCACCAUCUUCUCCUCUUACCAGGCGUUGUUUGACCCUAGCUUGGACGUCAAGUUAUCAGACAUAUGUAUUGGCACAUCGGCUGCUCCCACUUUCUUUCCUCCUCAUUACUUUUCUAAUAAAGACAGUCAAGGCAAGACGAGUGAGUUUCACCUCGUUGAUGGUGGGGUCACUGCUAGUAACCCGACAUUGGUGGCCAUGACUGCAGUGACUAAGCAGAUUGUGAAGAACAAUCCUGAUAUGGGUAAGCUCAAGCCGUUGGGUUACGAUAAGUUCUUAGUUAUAUCGAUAGGGACAGGGUCUACCAAAAAAGUGGAGAAGUAUAGCGCAAAAAAAGCUGCGAAAUGGGGAAUCAUAUCUUGGUUAUAUGACGAUGGAUCUACUCCUAUUCUAGACAUUACCAUGGAAUCAAGCCGUGACAUGAUCCAUUUCCAUAGUUCUGUUUUGUUCAAAGCCCUACAAUCCGAGGACAAGUACCUCAGAAUCGAUGAUGAUACACUGGACAACGAUGCAGGUUCUACGGAUGUAGCAACAAAAUCUAACUUAGAGAAUCUUGUGAAGAUUGGAGAAAAAGUGCUGAAAAACAGAGUUGUGCAUAUGAAUAUCGACACUGGUGCAUAUGAACCUAUUCCAGAAAAUGUCACCAAUGAGGAAGAACUCAAAAGAUUUGCGAAAAUUUUAUCUGAAGAACAGAAAUUAAGGAGAAUGAGUAGCGACACAAUGACUAAAGAUCCAACAAACUGAUCGUUAAAAACACUAAUAUGGGAAGACAAAUUGUGUGUGUGUUUAUUCGGCGGUCUCUUGACGCCUUGGUGUUUUUUUGUACUAUUUUCAACAAAUUGAAUAUAUUUGUUAUUCUCAAAAUAAUUACUGAUUUGUUAAGCAAAAUAAUAAAUAUAUAAUUACUGA